AUGGCCGCUGCCAUCGCUGCACCCAACUCGCUAGCUGGUAUUUUCAACAGUCAAGUCAAGACAUCUGCUUUGGAUUUUGAGAAGAAUGCACUUUUCAAGGUCAAGGAAGAGGAAAAACAGAAGUGGUCUGACCUUGCCACUCAAGUGAAGGAUGAUGGCUCAUGUGUUCUGCGAUAUUCUUAUGUGUGGUAG